AUGGCUAUUUCAGAUGAAGUUCCAUGCACAAUUACAAACUGCAAGCACACUGUUGUAUAUGGGAAUAAUAACUAUAAAAAGCUUCAGAAUUGGGUAAAAGAUGCACUUUACAGAAUGGAUUUCGAAAAGAAAGUAAUUAUUGCACUUGACUGUGAGGGUUACUGUUUAGGAUCUAGACCAAACUCUCUCGGAUUAAUUCAAUUCGCAGAAUGUUUCACAAGUGACUUUUUCGAAAAAGAUUUCGUUCCAGAUCAUAUAUCUAUCAAUUUAAAGAAUGGAUUUCUAAUUAAAGCUCCAUUCUCUAAUGGUGUCAAAAAGUUACUAUCAGCAGUUUUUAGUCAUCCAAAUCUUUACAUAAUUAUGUAUGAUUUCACAUCAGAUUUAACAGCAAUUACUCAGGCAGGGAUUAAGGUAAAUAAGAGAAAUAUAGUUGACGGUCAAGCAAUCCAAUAUUUCGAAGAUGGGACAAAAUAUUUCGGUAGAAAGGUCACAAAGAGUUUGAAAACAGCAUGCCAGUGUGCAACAAACUGUGUUGAGUUCAGUAAAGCUAAAUUUGCACUAGAAUAUAAAGAUACAGUUCCUUUUUCAAAGCAUGCUUAUGAAUUACAAAAUGAAAAAGAUCCAUUUUCUAAAAUGUGUACAAAUGAGUUCUUACGUUAUUCUAGCGAUGAUAUUGCAUUGACUGCUAUUGCAUUAGUUUCAGCACUUAGAUUUGUUACCCCUGGACAAAUUUUAGUUAAUUCUCAGAAGAAAGUCGAAGGUUAUAAGCAGUUAGUAGAUAGAGUAAAUAACGAAAUGGGAGCUGUGUUGAAGCGUCAGUUCUCUUUCGUGCCCCGUAUUGGUUCGGAUUUCGAUGAUGUCCAGCAUUAUUAUGAUUUAUGGUUGUCAAUUACGAAUAUUUUGAACAACUAUGAUAUGUAUCAGAGUAUUGUUAAGAAAGGAAAGCAAUACGAUAGAGAACAUUUAGAAAAAGAGAAAAAUAGAGUCAUUUCUGUAAUUAAAUCGAGAACAAAUCCUCUUAGUUGCAUCAUUAAUCAAUGUAAGUGUCAGAAACAAAACAUCUCAAUUACAUUAGGAAAGGGAGGAUUAUUUCUCACAACAGGUAAUGGCUCUGAAUAUUCAUUGCGUGUUCGUGAAGUAUAA